UCUACUCAAUGGACAGGUGUAUCUACUCAUUGGACAGGUGUAUCUACUCAAUGGACAGGCGUAUCUACUCACAGGACAGGUAUAUCUACUUACUGGACAGGUGUAUCUACUCACAGGACAGGUAUAUCUACUCACAGGACAGGUGUAUCUACUCACUGGACAGGUAUAUCUACUCACUGGACAGGCAUAUCUACUCACAGGACAGCUAUAUCUACUCACUGGACAGGUAUAUUUACUCACUGGACAGGUGUAUCUACUCACUGGACAGGCGUAUCUACUCACAGGACAGGUGUAUCUACUCACUGGACAGGUGUAUCUACUCACUGGACAGGUAUAUCUACUCACUGGACAGGCAUAUCUACUCACUGGACAGGCAUAUCUACUCACAGGACAGGUAUAUCUACUCACUGGACAGGUAUAUCUACUCACAGGACAGGUAUAUCUACUCAAUGGACAGGUAUAUCUACUCACUGGACAGGUAUAUCUACUCACUGGACAGGUGUAUCUACUCACUGGACAGGUGUAUACACUCACAGGACAGGUGUAUCUACUCACAGGACAGCUAUAUCUACUCACUGGACAGGUGUAUCUACUCACAGGACAGGUAUAUCUACUCACUGGACAGGUAUAUCUACUCACUGGACAGGUGUAUCUACUCAUUUAACAGGUGUAUCUAUUCACAGGACAGGUGUAUCUACUCACUGGACAGGUGUAUCUACUCAUUGGACAGGUGUAUCUACUCAAUGGACAGGCGUAUCUACUCACAGGACAGGUAUAUCUACUCACUGGACAGGUGUAUCUACUCACAGGACAGGUAUAUCUACUCACUGGACAGGCAUAUCUACUCACUGGACAGGCAUAUCUACUCACAGGACAGGUAUAUCUACUCACAUGACAGGUAUAUCUACUCACUGGACAGGUAUAUCUACUCGCAGGACAGGUAUAUCUACUCACAGGACAGGCGUAUCUACUCACAGGACAGAUGUAUCUACUCACUGGACAGGUAUAUCUUAUUUGACAGUUGUAUCACUUACUAGACUGUUUGUAAUACUACUGCUCUAUUUGCCAGUAAACAGAGUUAUCCUGAACCAACUGUACGUUUUUCCAAAAUGUAAUUAAAGGGAGGUUACUCUAUAUACGAAACCUAGUGCA